GAAUUCCAGGUAAAGAUGAAUGAUAAGGUAGACAAAGGGUUCUCACUACACUUUGCGCAUCUUCAUUUCGCGUUUCUUCCUUCACGAAAGCAUUUCUCACUCACGAGCUCUCAUCAUCAACCAUUUUAUCUCGAGAGCAUCUCACAGAUCACACUCAAAUCGUCUUCUAAGGACAUAGAUAAGCUGGGAAAGGCAGGUGACACUGUCAAAGUUGCCCCUGGAUAUUUUCGCAACCACCUAAUGCCUAAGCUCCUUGCUUUCCCUAACAUUGAUAAGUUUGCUUAUCUUCUCAACGAGCAGCGCAAGAUCUAUCAACCAACUGAGGAAGAAAAACAAGAAGAUCUCACUGUAGUUAAAGAAUCAAAGGAAGAUAAGAUGAAAGAGUAUGAAAGAGCUGCACUACGUCUUGCUAAAGCUAAGCUGGUCUUGCGGAGGUUAAUUGAUGUUCAAAAGGCCAAGUCACGUGAAUCCAAAGCUGACCCCUUGGAAUUACNUUUUGCUGUGACAAAAGACGAUCUUGUGGCUGAGGUGGCGAGACAACUCUGCGUGAACAUUGCANNCGAUAACCUGCAUCUUCCAUCACCUUUAUCNACGUUGGGAGAAUAUGAGGUGCCACUGCGAUUACCAAGAUCCAUCCCCCUGCCAGAGGGCAAGGUUAAUUGGAGUUUGAAAGUUAAAAUCAGGAGUAAAUAAAUCAUUGUCUUGUGGAAUUCCGUUCACAGGGGAUGAAAUUAUUGUUUUGUGCUGAUAGUCAUCAAAUCGAACCUGGGAUUAAAAGAGUUUGACGUGUUUUUAUUUAUAGAAAACAUAAAUGUUGACACAUUUAACAAUGUCUUUUCCAUAUUCUGUUAUGACUGAGUGAAAUCUCAUGUUCUUUGACAUUCCUUUACAUAAACUUAGCUCGUCAAAUUGACUUUUUGUUUAUCUAUCACUUCCAAUCUAUGAACAGAUCAUUCAACUUCAAAUUAGAGUUCUUAGGGGUUGGGGAUGGUUUGGAAGUGAUAAAUCUAAUGUCUUGGAGACGUUGCUGAGUAUACAUCCUUUGGCCCAGCGAAUACCGUUGGAAGACAUAGAUAUUUCCAACUCUAAAAUGUACAUCAAACUGAGUACUUUAAAAGUUAAAGCAUUUUCGAAAGAGGGCUGCGCUUUGUGUAUUUGACUCUUACUAGGACAAGAUAUUGUUACGCAUUUUGGGUAUUAGAAAAGCCAAAUAAUACUACAUUGUUUAGUUUUAACA